UGAAAUCUAAAACUUCAGUUUUUAAAGGCUUAGAAACCAUUGAUGUCUACAAUGCGAAAUAAAUUUGAACUAGCACUUCUUGUGGCCUAUUUAAGUGUUACGUUGAUACUAACAAAAUCAGGAACCGAAAGUUUGGAAGUUAAUGGAGUCACAAUCGGGUUUAACAAGACCUGUUCUUCUAAUCCCAAUAUCACCUGCUUCGUAUAUUUUAUAAGUAAGAGUGGUUGUUCUGCAAAAGCCGCCACAGCGUUUCCACACCUGUACAGGGUAUCAGAGGAUAACCGAUUCCCAGAGAAGCCAGCAUCAAUGGAAACUCAAGUGUUUAGCAGAGAAUUCAUCGGAAAUAGGAAAUAUUACACAGGACUUAGAGUGACACUAAUGUCACCAGUCACAGGAAGCUUUGAUGUUUUGAAAGGAUUUGAACUUAUCUACACAUAUAAUACAGAUAUGAAAUACGGCUGUUUGAUAUUUGACUUGUCUGCACAGAAAUUGACAUAUAAUGAUGUGGUUAAGACUGGGUUUUGGACUGAGAUUUGGCCAAUGUCCCCAGCAGAUCCGCCCAUUGUUUUUCUGGUCAGUAGAAGCCUUCCCCCUGCACCUUCCCAGUAUGACCGAUACCUCAACGUAACCGAAAAUGUCCAAAACGGGGAGUUUAGCGUCUGUGUUCCCAAUGGAGGAUGCGGUAGCGUUGUAACACCAUCAAGUCAAUGGGUAACAACAAUAUUUUACAAAACGACUACAAACAGCUCAGGACCUUUCAAUAACCUUGAGAUGAGUUUUGCUUUGGGACCCCCGGAGUACAAUUUUAAUGAGUACACUGUCAGCUUACAUAAAGUCAAUAACUCCAAACCUAUUAUUGCUCUCAACUUACCCAAGGAAAGACCACACCAUGUGUUUAAAGGACUUUCACCUGGAAAAUAUGUAAUAAAGGUUAUACCAUACGAUAAACACUUCAACGAUAGGAAUCUAUGUCUGUGCAGAAAUGAAUUUCAAGCCUGUUUAGCCUGCACCACCACAGUAACAAAGGAAAUUACUCUGGGACAUACUCUCUCUGUAGCUGUACAGGCUCCAUCAGUCACAACAGAAUCUAUUCCCUUAACAGAUACUGAAUCCACAGCAAUAACACCAAGUUCGGAUGAUAAUGCUGUACUUGCAGCUGUCCUCGGAUCAGUGUUAGGCCUUAUCCUUGUUCUUAUCAUUGCUUUCUUUACAAUCCAAUGGAGAAAGAAAUAUACAGGAGGAAAUACUGAAACCACUGAAAAAAUAUAUACAAACUUGCAACCACAACAUAUCAAUGGCAACGAUAACCCUACUUUCAGAAAGGAUAACUACGAAAUUCUUAGAGUCAAUGGACGUGUUUUGCCGCUUAAGACGGUGUUUCUGGCGUAUGCUGAGGAUCAUGAAUGCCACAAAGAAGUCGUCAAAGCAUUUGCAUCCUUCAUGGAGAAACACUGUCGCUGUAAUGUCAUCUUCGCACCGUGGCGCAUGUCGGAAAUCAUGCAGGACAAAUUCCGGUGGGUGAUUAAUUCCAUGGACCAGGCAGACUACACUGUGGUUGUUAAUUCUUUUACAGCCUACCAACAAUUUCAACACUGGAAAUCCAAUGAUAUUAAACACAGUAAGAUUUUUCAAGGGAGUCCAUUAGCAGAUUUGUUUAUACCAAUAUUAAAUCAGACUUGUAUUCGCUUAAACAAUCCGUCGGAAUACAGAAAAUUCAUAAUGGUCCGUUUUGAAUACACACAAAAAGAACACACCAUUACGGAACUUAAUUCUGGGGGAGAAUAUGUACUGAUGAAGCAUCUUCAAGAAUUCCUAUGUCACAUCCACCAAUUGGGGCAGCAUAAGACCAAAAUGGAGGAUGUCGGAUUGGCAUUUGUAAAUGACUUUAAACAGUUAGUUGAGGGAGCAGCGCUAGAUGAGAAGAUACAGAAAGCUAAAGCACACGAAGCAAGAUUUCCAAGAAGGAUGGACUCAGAGAGUUCAAAUGAUUCUGGGCUGGACAGUGCUGAAAGCCUGCCUGAAAAUGACAAGCAGACGAUAAGAAAAAUGUACGAGGAGAACUACCAAAGUGAAGUUAAGGGCGACAGUAUAACAGAAGUCAUUGGAUACUACGGUGACUCCGAAACAGAUGAUUAUCCAGGUCCUAGACCUUGUCCAAGUCCAGAGGAUCAUAGUGAUCCUACAUUCCACCCUCCUAGCGUGAUAGAUCCCACAGAUGAUUCUAGUGAGGUGCUUGUGGAAAAAAUGAUUUCAAUUAACUUUCAAAAUGGUUGGUUUGAAAGUACUCAGACAGCGAAAUAUGAUAAUGAAAAUGUAGAUCCAGAUGAAAAUUUUUAUAGUGAUGAAGAAUCAUGCAGAAGUAUCGGUGGGAAAAGUGUGUGAAAAGAUUUUAGUGCUAUAUAUUUGUGUGGACAAUUUGUCUCUAAAAUAAUUUUUUUUUACGAUUUCUUACUUUUAUAAUCUGCAGUAUCCUGACAUUUAUGUAGCUGUUAACUUUUCUAUCUGCAUAUACC